AUGGACGUGGACGUGGACGUGGACGUGGACGUGGACGUGGACGUGGACUGGGACUGGGACGUGGACGUGGACGUGGACGUGGACGUGGACGUGGACGUGGACGUGGACGUGGACGUAGACGUGGACGUGGACUUGGACGUGGACGUUGACGAGGACGUGGACGUGGACGUGGACGUGGACGUGGACGUGGACGUGGAGGUGGACGUGGACGUGGACGUGGACGUGGACGUGGACGUGGAGGUGGAGGUGGACGUGGACGUGGAGGUGGACGUGGACGUGGACGUGGACGUGGACGUGGAGGUGGACGUGGAGGUGGACGUGGACGUGGACGUGGACGUGGAGUGUAGGUGGACGUGGACGUGGACGUGGACGUGGACGUGGACGUGGACGUGGAGGUGGACGUGGACGUGGAGUGGACAUGGAGGUGGACGUGGACGUGGACGUGGACGUGGACGUGGACGUGGAGGUGGACGUGGACGUGGACGUGGACGUGGACGUGGACGUGGACGUGGACGUGGACGUGGAGAGGACCUGGACGUGGACGUGGACGUGGACAUGGACGUGGACGUGGACGUGGACGUGGACGUGGACGUGGACGUAGACGUGGACGUGGACGUGGACGUGGACAUGGACGUGGACGUGGACGUGGACGUGGAGGACGUGGAUGUGGACGUGGACGUGGACGUGGACGUGGACGUGGAGAACUUGGACGUCGACAUGGACGUGAACGUAGACGUGGACGUGGACGUGGACGUGGACGUGGAGAACUUGGACGUAGACAUGGACGUGAACGUGGACGUGGACGUGGACGUGGAGGACUUGGACGUGGACAUGGACGUGGACGUGGAGUGGACGUGGACGUGGACACGUGGACGUGGACGUGGACGUGGAGUGGACGUGGACGUGGACGUGGACAUGGACGUGGAUGUGGACGUGGAGAUGGACGUGGACGUGGACGUGGAGAUGGACGUGGACGUGGACGUGGACAUGGACGUGGACGUAGACGUGGACGUGGACGUGGACAUGGACGUGGACGUGGACGUGGACGUGGAGGACGUGGACGUGGACGUGGACGUGGAGAACUUGGACGUGGACAUGGACGUGAACAUGGACGUGGACGUGGACGUGGAGGACUUGGACGUGGACAUGGAUGUGGACGUGGACGUGGACAUGGACGUGGACGUGGACAUGGACGUGGACGUGGACGUGGACGUGGACAUGGAAGUGGACGUGGACGUGGACGUGGACAUGGACAUGGACAUGGACGUGGACGUGGACGUGGACGUGGACAUAGACGUGGACGUGGACGUGGACAUGGACGUGGACGUGGACAUGGUCGUGGACGUGGACGUGGACGUGGACGUGGACAUGGACGUGGACGUGAACAAGACGUGGACGUGA